AUGCUCAAACCACUCACUCUCCUAGCUCUACUAGCCACCACCCACGCCCACUACACAUUCCACUCCCUCACCUACAACGGUACAAAAUCCGCUCCCUGGCAAUACGUCCGCAACUGGACCGACACAGCCGGCUGGUUCGACAGCUCCGGCAUCCAAUAUUUCUCACCCCUCUACAAAACCUCCUUCAAUUCCAUCAACCUGCGCUGCAACAUCGGUGCUAAAUUCGCGCCUGAGACGCUGCCCGUGCAGGCGGGCACGGAGAUCACGUUUGAUUCUGCGGAUAAUAUUUGGCAUCCGGGGCCGUUGAUGGCGUAUAUGGCGAGGGUGCCGAAAGGAAAGACGGCGGGGAAUUGGGAUGGUGCAGGGAAGGUGUGGUUUAAGGUCUGGGAGGAUCAUCCGUAUCCCGUUCCCGAUCCGGUCGUGGAAUAUUACCGCGGAGAAUUCGAAGGAUAUUUCGAGACGAAUGCGCAUUUGAAUCGCACCGUAACCUUCAAAAUCCCAGCCUCAAUCCCCAACGGCGAGUACCUAUUCCGUCCCGAACACAUCGCCGUCAUGGUCAUAGAUAAUCCGCAGAUCUACACCACCUGUGCGCAGAUCUCGGUGUAUGGAGGCGGAAACGGGACACCCGGACCGCUGGUGUCGAUUCCGGGGUUGUAUAAGGAGAGUGAUGCGACGUGGAAGUAUGAUAUUAGGAAGAUUGUUGGUGAUGGGUAUAUUAAGUAUCCGUUUCCGAAUCCGGGACCGGUGGUGUGGAGGGGGUGA